AUGUAUCAUUCGCAACAAAACAAUGAGCAAGCUCCUCACAUAAAACAGCCUCCCCAGCUCGCGAUCCCUAAUCAGCAACAGGCUAUCUCCGUGGGGAAUAUUCCCCCGUUACCGCCCUCCCGGUUCCAACACCUGAACCAGGUCCCGGUCCCCCAUAUUCCUCAUCCCGAGACCCAGCAUCCCAUGUCGGCAGGCCCACAACGGCGGUAUUUCGAUCAUUCGCAGCAGACACAGCCACAACCUCAUCCUUACAGAGCCAACCUGACGUUCCAGCAUGACCACCAGAUCGAUACUCAUCAGCCGGUUCCCAAGCCACAGGCAAGGGACCCUCACACCGACUAUCCGCAACCAAACGGGACUCAGCAGGCAAUGCGUUCAUACUCGGAUUCGGUGCCCCGCCCAAGACACUAUCCUGUGCCGAUGCAGCAGAUGCCUCAAAUGCAUCCUAUGCACCAGCAGCGAGGACCUCCGCUUCCGAAGCUCACCAACCCGAACGCUGUUCCGCAAAGAUACUACGCCCCAUCUCCUACGCAACAGCUGGCCCCACAAUCGCCAGGAACUCUGGAUCCAGCACAGAAAAGUCCCAUGAUGCGCCAAUCCCUGAACUUUCUCAGAGGCACGAGGAAUGUAUCCUCUCCAAUUCUGCCUUCGGAACACCCUGAAAGAUUCGGAGAGCCGCAGCAAAUCGACGAUGGUCUGAAAAAGUACCACACCACCAACACCAAACAUCAAGUCACCACUUCUGGACGAGUGAUCCCGCAGAAAGCCGACAUUAAUCCGCCUCCGCAGGAGGCUCCCAAAAAGUCAAGAAGUUUCACUUCUUUGACCAAAAGAGUUGCGUCUUCAAGCUCACUCCGAAACUCUGCCGACAGAGACAAGCUAUACCCAGCAGCCUCGCUGUGCUCCAAAACCAUUGUGACCUCAUCUUCAACUAAAGUCCCGUAUGUGUAUCCUGCUGUUCUUUCCAACGUUGCUAAGGCGUUCAGGGCGCGGAUCCAGCUCGACUCAAAGUUCAAAAAUGGUCUUGAGUACAGAGACUCGUUCACAGGUGCCGAGGCGGUGGAUUGCAUUGCCAGAAUCAUCAGGACGUCGGAUCGGAAUUUGGCGCUUCUGCUAGGUAGAUCCUUGGAUGCGCAGAAAUUGUUCCAUGAUGUGACGUACGAGCAUCGACUCAGGGACUCCAACAACGAGGUUUACCAGUUCUCGGAGGAGGUGUUUGAUGUUUAUCCCAACGAGUCUGCUGGCCUCCAGCGUCACGAGUCUGUUAGCUCGGAUAUACACGAGACCGAAAACAAUGGCUCUCCAUCAAUGAUGUCUUCACCAAAUGGCAACCAUAAUUCCAAAUCGAGUUCCUUCGGGGUGCCAGUGGUGGGAGUUUUCACUCUGCUGACGGAAUGCUAUUCGCCAACGUGUUCUAGAGAUAAUCUGUGCUAUAGCAUUGUUUGUCCGAGAAGGUUGGAGCAGCAGGCUAGAUUGGGCUCGAAAUCCUCUUUGACGAGGUCUGACUCGCAUUUGUCGCUCACGCAAAAGGAGGAGCAGAAAGCGUUCUGGUCGUACACAGUUCCAAAGAGCAUUUUGGAUAGCAUGGACAAGAGAGAGAUCAAGCGCCAGGAGUGUAUUUUUGAGAUGAUUUAUUCCGAAAGGGAUUUUGUCAAAGACUUGGAAUAUUUAAGAGAGUUCUGGAUUAGACCUUUGUCGGAGACAAAAAUCAUCAAAGAGAACGAGAGAGAACAUUUUGUGAACACUGUAUUUUACAACAUUAAUGAGAUCUGGGAGAUCAACUCGAGGUUCGCAGAGGCAUUGACCAAGAGACAGCAGGAAAAGCCGGUUGUCGACGAGAUAGGGGACUUGUUUUUAGAGUUUAUUCCUCGUUUUGAGCCGUUUGUCAAAUACGGUGCUGGCCAAGUGAAGGGAAAAUACGAGUUUGACCGCCAAAAGAGACACAAUCCAUUCUUUGUGAGGUUCAUUGAAGACACCAGCAAUAGAGCUGAAUCUCGUAGACUUGAUGUGUCGUCUUAUCUUUCGAAACCUACAACUCGGCCGGCAAGGUACCCUCUUCUUUUGAAGAGCAUUAGAGACCACACUGACCCUGAGUCCAAAGAUUAUGCCAACUUGAAUAAGGCUAUUGAGCUUCUUCAAAAAAUGCUGACAAGGAUCAACUACGAGACAGGAAAAGCAGCUGAUAGACUGAACCUUUUCUUGUUGAAACAGAAACUGGUUUUCAGACCUGGCGAAUAUAUCGAUCUGAGAUUGACAUCAGAACACCGCAAACUGUUAUAUCAAUGCGUAUUGAAGAAGAGAAAUUACCAGGACAAGGAAAAACAAGGAGAAGUGCAAGUGUACCUUUUCGAUCAUGCUUUACUAUUUGUCAGAAUCAAGGUCGUCAACAAGCGAGAGGUAUACAGGGUUUAUCAAAGGCCUAUUCCUCUGCCUCUGUUGUUUGUCUCGCUAACUGAAGAUAGCCCUUCCAUCAAACAAAUCAAAAAGUCUGCCUCUACGGGCUCGUUGACGGGAUCUACAUCUUCGUUACUUUUCAAGGACGCACAUACUACGAGCGGACUGCAUUUGGCAACGACUUCGGCCAAAUGUCCAAUUUCCUUCACAUACUUGGGCAGAAGCGGAUACGACUUGACAUUGUAUGCUACGCCAACGGUGCAACGAAUGCUAAUCGACAAGCUGGAAACGCAAACCAGAAAAUUAAUUGACGAUAAUGAUGUUUUCACCUUGACCCCAUUAACGUCCAAUUUCUUUGACCAUAAUAAUAAGAUCAACUGUGUUGUUCCUUUCGAUGGUGGCAGAAAAUUGCUGUAUGGUACCGAUUCGGGUAUCUAUGUGAAUGAUGUUAAAGUCAUUGACAACGGGUCCAGGGUUGUUUCGAGACCGGUGAAGAUCAUCAGCAAAAUUAAUAUCAUCCAAGUGGAGAUUCUCAGCGAAUACCAGACUCUGCUGGCUUUAAGCGACAAGAAGCUAUUCUACUGGCCUAGUGACGUGUUAAGCGGAGGAGAUGCAGUGAAGAACGGCAAGCUUGGAAAGGAGCUAAUGACGCAUGUGUCGUUCUUCAAAACGGGCGUGUGUGCCGGAAGAAUGCUUGUUUGUGCGGCCAAGUCCUCUUCUAACCUGAUCAGAAUUUUUGAGCCUAUCGAUCCGAUCAGCCAGAGAAAACAAAAGAAAAAGUUCUCGCCGGAAACGAAAGACGUCAGUUUCAACUCGGAGCCUGUCUCGAUUAGUUUCCUCAAGACCAAGCUGUGUGUGGGCUGUUCGAAAGGCUUUGAGAUUGUUUCGCUGGAAACUCACGAGAUCAAACAGCUUCUGGAUGCCGCAGACACGUCUCUUGACUUUGUGGUCGGCAAGGAAGGUCUGAAGCCCCUGGAGAUCGACAGGAUCAACUCCGACUUCCUGCUGAGUUACUCAAACUUCUCCUUUUUCAUCAACUACAGCGGCUGGAGAUCGAGACCCAAGUGGAUCAUCCACUGGGAAGGCGUUCCACACGCUUUUGCUCUGUGGUACCCGUAUCUUCUGGCCUUUGAUUCUGGUUUCAUUGAGAUCCGCCACGUUGAGAGCGGAGAGCUUUUGCGUGUCAUCAUCGCAGAAAAGAUCCGCUUCUUGCACUCCAGCUCGCAAGAGAUCUUGUAUGCGUACGAGGACGAAAGAGGAUACGACGUGGUCGCGUCACUGGAUUUCUGGGAUAAAAGCAUGAAAAACAGAAGUCGCGGAAACACCCUUCAUACACAAGCGCCAAGCAGCACGGCCAGCGCGGCUACUCUGGUUCCAAAAUGA